AUGAAAAGCCAUCUUACUGUCUAUCAGACAAGUCAUACAGAGGAGAAACCCUAUCAGUACUUGGAAUGUGCCAAGAGCUUUAUUCGAAGAGGCCACCUCUUGGCCCAUCAAACAAUUCAUACAGGAGAGACACCGCAUCAGUGCUUGGAAUGUGGCAAGGGCUUCAGAAGAAAGGGCAGUUUAACUUCCCAUCAGAGAAUUCCUAAAAGGGAAAAACCUUAUCAGUGCUUGGAAUGUGGAAGGGGCUUCAUUGACAGACGCCAUUUCACUGUCCAUCAGAGAAUUCAUACAGGGGAGAAACCAUAUCAGUGCUCGGAAUGUGGAAAGAAAUUAACCCAGAGUGCCCAUUCGUGCGGAUCCCAUCACAGAAUUCAUACAGGGGAGAAACCCUAUCAGUGCUUAGAAUGUGGAAAGAGAUUCAUUGAGAAGGCCAAACUCAUGAUCCAUCAAAGAAUUCACAGCGAGGUGAAACUAUUUCAGUGCCAAGAAUAUGGGAAGAGCUUCAGUCACAGGGCCCGUCUUGCUUCCCAUCAAAGAACUCACUUUGGGGGAAAUUAUAGUAGUGGCUGUAUACAGAUUUAUUUUUAG